AUGGAAGAUCUUGACAUGCCCAUUCCAACUCCAGUAACAAGUGCGCUGCGUUCACCUCACGCUGCGUGCCCGCCUCGUACCACUGGUCCACCUGGCAUUGUGCUCACACCAUAUACUCGUAACAAGUGCCGCGUGGAAAACUGUGUAAGAAGUCAUACUGUACUAUCAACAAUAAUAGAAGUUCUAAAACGAACUGCUGAUCAAAUAGCUGCGAAAGGGAAUGACAUUCCAAACAUUGAAAUUCUUGUCAGACACCUAAAAGAACGCUGUCCAGGAGUUAUUAUAGAAGUCGUUUAUGAGUCGGGCAUAUUAGAGAAAGAUAUGCUGAUUCCCGAAAAUUUAAAGGAAUUCCGCGGGACCAUGAGAACACAUCAGGUUGUGUGGAGUGCCAAUCAACUUCAGACUUUAGCUAUGAGAGAACUUAGUUGUAACUUGGACAAAUGUUCACAAGAAGCCAUUCAAUGUUCUCAUGGUCAACACAUUGGUUUUUAUACCAUAGAAGACAUUAAUAAACAACAGAGUCACCACUCUGUUGUGUUAAACGUCAAAUCCGCGGAUAAAAGAAAGGUGACAUCGAAGAAAUCUACAUGCAGCUCUUUGAUACAACGUAGCCAAAUAUCUGCUACCGAAAUUCAGACUGGAAAAGAUACGGAUAUAACCCAACAAGACCUCGACCUUCCCGAAUACGACAGCUUUUGGAUGGAGACUUCGUCAAUCGAUGAAAGACUUAUAACUCCAAAAUUCACCAGAGAUGUCCUAUCGACCCUACAUCAGAAAAGCGUAGGUGAUCGCUCAGAUUCUGACGAUGAGGAUAUUUUUGUGUUUAAAAAGCCUCAAUAUGAUAAGCGGACAAAAGAGUCUCACGGCAUUGUUGAAGAUAUGAUUAUUCCAUCUUCCUCCGAAAAUUCAAGAUCUCGUCAACAAGAAAAAGGCUUUAUGGAUGAUAUUGAAAGCAGCUCCGUCCCUAGCCCAAAGCCAAGAAAAUAUUUCUUUUAG